GCUACGUGGCUUCACACGAAGCAUACAACGUGUACUAUACUUGACAAAAUCUUGGAUCACCGAUACAAUAUAUGCCGGUUUAGUUAAACUUGUCAUAAGAUAGUACAAAGCGCUCUUUAAGUAAAGCACACGAACCUUAGUUUCACAAUGUUUCGAGUUUGGAGUUCGUAUUGUCUUGUGUUGUGUUGUGGUUGCAUUUUGUAUGCGUCCGCUUUCUCAUCGCAAAAAGAUACAAAGAAAGUUUCUAAAGAAGAUACCGAAAAGAAAGUCAACAAUACUGUCACUUUACUUCUUGAAGUCAUGGAUACGGACAAAGAUGGAAAAGUAAAUGAAGAGGAAAUGACUGCCUGGAUUAGGAAAACUUUGAGGAAAACUUACAAAGAGGAUUCUGGGCAAAUUAUGAGUGAAUUGGACACCGACAAAGAUGACAAACUUUCUUUCGAAGAACUUCUCAAAACCCAAGAAGACAUUGGAGUCGCUACAGAAGAACAAAAGCGAAAAAGAUUCAAUGUUGCAGAUGCCGACAAAGAUGGCCUCCUGAACACUGAUGAAGUCACUUCCAUGUUUCACCCAGAGGAGAGACCUCACAUGUUCGAAGUGAUUAUUGACGAAUACAUGGAAGUAGGAGACAUAAACGGUGAUGGACUUCUUUCGCUAGAGGAGUACAAAGAAAAAAUGUUCAAAGGAACUAAAGAAAAUCUGGAAGCUGCUGAUAAAUUCUACGGAGAACAAGAUAAAAACGGAGAUGGAAGUUUCGACAGGGAGGAAAUAAAAGAGUGGUUAAGGUCAAUUGGUACUUCGUCUUUGGCUAAGAGACAAGCAAAGCAAGUUCUUGAAAGGGCGGACGAUAAUAAGGAUGGUGCUAUCACUGAUAGCGAAAUUCUCAAGAAUAUCGAUCUUUUCACUUCAGUUAGAGCAGUUCUGGAAAAUGAGAAGAGAAAGGCCGAAGAGGCUGAAAAGACUGAAAAGGCUAAGGUUGAACUUUAGAAACAGCGAGAUUUUUUGUUAGUCUUUUUUCUCUUUGAUACUAAACAAGUGUAUGUCUAUGAAGUUCCUCAGACAAAAUAAAAUAAAAUAAUUAUAAAACUGA